CCACACGUUCUGUUUCUGCCUGUGCGUUUCGUUCUGGGUCCGAGCCAUCCCCCGUCCGCCGUUUCGGGGUUUCCCAGUCUCCCACGCCCACCCCACCUCCCACCUCCAAGUCAUCGCAUCUAGGUCACCACCACCUCGCCGGCGCCGACCAUGGCCGGGGACUGGCAGGAGCUGGGCCAGACGGCCGCCAUCGGCCUCAUCUUCGCCUUCCUCGUCGCCAAGCUCAUCUCCACCGUCAUCGCCUUCAAGGAGCACAACCUCCGCAUCACGCGCUCCCCUCCGGCCUCCCCCACCGCCGCCUCCAGUUCCCCGCCGCGCCCGGACACCCCGGCGCCCCCGCAGCCCUCCCGCGGGGACGACGUCUCCAGCGACAGCGACUGGGAGGGCGUGGAGAGCACCGAGCUCGACGAGGAGUUCAGCGCCGCCUCCGCCUUCGUCGCGGCCUCCGCAGCAUCCGGCACCAGCGUUCCCGAGGAGGCGCAGCUGCGGCUCUACGGCCUCUACAAGAUCGCCACCGAGGGGCCCUGCACCGCGCCGCAGCCGUCCGCGCUCAAGCUCAAGGCCCGUGCCAAGUGGAACGCUUGGCAUAAGCUAGGUGCUAUGCCUACAGAAGAAGCUAUGCAGGAGUACAUCACAAUUGUUCAUGAGCUAUUCCCUAACUGGGAUGCCGGUUCAAGCAUGAAAAGGAAAGAUGAAGAUAGCAUGGCUUCCGCAUCAGGUUCAAAGGGACCUAUGGGGCCUGUGUUUAGCAGUUUGAUGUACGAGGAAGACGAAGGAAAUGAAUCGGAACUUGGUGACAUCCAUGUUUUGGCGAGGGAAGGAGCGACUGAUGACAUACUAAAGCAUCUGGCUGCUGGUGAGGAUGUCAAUGUGAGAGAUACUGAAGGUAGAACUCCAUUGCACUGGGCUGUUGACCGUGGCCAUCUAAGUGCUGUUGAAGUUCUUGCAAAAGCAAAUGCAGAUCUAAAUGCUAAGGACAAUGAAGGACAAACGGCACUUCACUAUGCUGUCGUUUGUGAAAGAGAAGACAUUGCAGAAUUGCUCGUCAAGCAUCACGCUGAUCUUCAGAUCAAGGAUGAGGAUGGGAACACAGCACGGGAGUUAUGCCCUUCGAGCUGGUCUUUUAUGAACCAGGCAAACUGACAACACGAAUCAACUGGAUAUGUUGACGUCUUCUGCCAAGAAACAUGCUGCCGUACAUUAGCUGUAUCCUAAGCUCAUAGAACACUUGGUCGCGUGUUUUUUAUGUGGACAUCUGGUGUAUCUGCUAUCCUGUAUAAAGCUUGGGAAAUCAGACGAGCUGUGGACAUCUAGUGUAUCUGGUGUCCUGUACUAUGAAAGCUUGGGAAAUCAGAUGAGUUGUUUUUAUCGGCCUCAUCGAUUCGGUUGUCAGAACCAAAGUUAAUGCAGUAUUUAGUACUGGAUGAUGCUUGCAUUGCUUUACACAGAAGAAAAUUGUACUAAUGGAUUUGUGCUGAACACCAAUGAUACAUGGUUCAUCAGGUUUGUUUGGAGCUCA